CCUGCCUUCUUCAUGCAUACAUUAUCAUCUAGCUCCCCUUUCACACAUAACGUCUUACUUCACUAUCCCGAGUACAACACAGUCAGAAGCUAUACCUCUUCAAUCCACACACUGAUAGCUGAAGCAAUACAAUACCCAUAUCGCCCUCACCUCAUUCUUCCAUCCCAAUGUCAGACUCAACCGAAGAAAACCCCCUCUUCGCAAUCGAAUACGACUCAUCCGACGAAUCUACCCCCGACACCACAGAAAAAGUCCCUCGAGAUUUCCAAUCCGAAGAGAACUUUCAAACCGUACGACGUGAAUGGAAAGCUAGAAGCGAAUCUGGCGAGAUCCAUAAGACACUCCCCCCUCUCCCUCUAAACCCACGCAGUAAACCACAAACGGCUCAGUUCCUCUACGCAAUCGAAGAAUUGUAUUUUUAUAGAAAAUUUGAAGAAGCGAAGAAGUUAUCAGAGAGGAUAUUGGAACAAGAUGACUUGAUGGAGGAUUUUAGGGCGGUGGUGGAGAAAUAUGAGAGGAGGUGUGGAGAAAGGUUAGGGGUUGGGAGGGAAAAGGAAAAGGAAGAGGAAGAGAAGUGAGAGAUGAAUUGUCUGUUGUCAAAUUUGAAAUGGGCAAUUCUCAUUCGAUAUUUGGUGGAAAUUUGAAAGAUUCUGAUACAUUGUAUUUGAUGUCAAAUAGGAAGUGUAUCGAUUCGUUGGGGGACUGGUGGAGUGAGAAUGGGUGGCAAGAGAGCUUGUUCGUGGGUUUCUGUUAAAAGAUCAGACUCAACUGAAGGAAGACGUGCUGUUACUACUCCUGCCGAUCCUAAGAUGGGCUGAAGAUUCAAGGUGUGAUUGAUCUGAAAGCAAGGAGAUGUGUACCCAUUCUGAGAAUACCUUCUCUCAUCCAUUCCAACCAUUGAACGGGCUACUCAUCGAGAAAUUGGAGUCGUUUUUUACGUAUCCAGGCAAUUGAAUGCUAGGAAUUAGGGUGUUGGAUGAAUGAUUGGGGAUGUUGAAAAUGUCGAGAGAUCGAUAUGAGAAAUUAGGCAAGGUCUAGAAGAGAUUACAUGGAAGUUAUGAUCUUGGAUCGUUCCAGAUCCUCACUUUGGGAUUUCAAGAAUGACAGAGAAACAAAAGGAUAGCGGAUGAAAAUUGGGCGGAAGUUCCCUUCUUUACUCCCCUAAGUUGUCUUCGCUUGCGCUCGGAAUUCCGAAUUUCUAGCCAAGCACGAGUCAAAAUCUUACAAAGAGUUUCUUCUAGAUUGGAAAUGUCUUUAUGAAUGGAAGUUAUAGAUGGUUUCAACGUACUUGGCAACGAAAAUACGAUUGGAAAUGCCUACUCCAACCUCCGUUCUCCAAUACAUCAAACCCGAAAUUCAAUACCGCGCCUACAAGCAUGUGCGAUGAUUUCGAGUUCGUUCAUAUUGAAGAAAUAUGCUGAGAGGAAGAAGAUCAAGGGUGCUUGAUGUUCUUGAUGUGAAAGCGGAUACUAUGCUGAGGUUUACGAUUCUUCAUCGGCAAAUAUAUGGGUAUUGGAAAGUGGCAAGGGGGAGUAUGGCAUAGAUCAAACCGUUGAAAAGGAUAGGAGGAUAUGAUUAGACACAAGCAACGAACAGGAAAAUCAGAGUAUGAUCUAUAUAAAACUAUACCUCCAAAAUAAAAGAUACCGUUUAAGAGAACCAACAUGCGUCGCACUUCCUAUCAAAAUCUCUUCUCCGUACAUAUCUCUUUUCAUACCUUCAUGUUCGUAUUCUCAGUCUCAGUCUCAGUCUCAGUUGAAGAAAGAGGUAGAUGAGAAUAAAAGGAUGAAGAUACCAAUAUCAAUAUCAGUAUCAACGUCGUCGGAGUAGUAAUUACGACUCGAGUAUAUCACAUAUAGUAUGUAGUAUGUCUAGAUAAUCAAAACCUUCAUCUCACGCA